AUGCGGCGAGCGGAGAGGGAGGUGUUGAUCGACACGGCGAGCAACCCGCUCAAGGAAAUAUUUAGCGUGGAGGCGCUGCAGGACGCCACGGAGAGCGGCACGCGGUUGGAGCGCGUCGUCGGCGCCGAAUUCGUGCCGCAGGCGAUUAUAGAGGCGGAGAGGAAGUCGGCGCCGCUGAGAAGGCCGAGGUUAGUGGUGUACGCCCUGAGCGCGAGCGCGGCGGCGGCGCAGUUGGUCUACGUGGGGCUGGAGCCGGCGUCGUUCGAGUCUCCGGUGGCGAGCGCGCUGAGCGACGCGUGCGUGAUGGUGAUCGGGAGCCUGUUGUGGCGCGUCGAGCUGCAGCAACGCGCGGAUACCCUGCGAUUGAUCUGGGAGAAGGCAAAGGAGCGAGAGGAGAGUCUGUCGAGGGCUGAGGCUGGGUUGGGAGACACGAUUUGGACUGCGCGGAUGCGCAGAAAAGCCGCCAAGGCGCGAGAAAUAGAGGCUCAGGAGACGGAGGCUCAAGAAGAGGAGGAUGAGUGA